UGUUUCUUUUUGUGCCGGAAGUCUUACAGUAACUCCGCGAUGGCAGCGACCUUUUGUCCAACGUGGUGUUUGUAGAAUUUUAUAUUAUUCACACACCUAAAAUGCUCGUAUAUGUACCACACGGAAUGACUGUUUGGUGUUUGUAGGGUCCAUUUCAACUCUAACAUCAUGCUCUCCCUCAUUAAAGCUGCUGCCGGCGGGCUGACCGGAAUCUGUCAAACCAGCAGUCACCUACAAGGUCCUUUGCACAGCUACUUGAAAGUCCUCUCUGCAGGGCUGAAGACAUAUGAAAUCCCUCCAGACUACAGUGAUGUGGUGCUGCCAGACAAGCCCAAACUGAAGUUUUUGAACAAGGUGCCGAACUUAAAAAAGGCCAAGAAAGAGGCAAAGAAGCUGUGGGAUAUCCAGGGCCCAGCUAAAUCUGCAAAUACCUUCACCACGGGACAGUACGCUAUUGUGGCCUUGGGAGGUGGGUACCUCCACUGGGGUCAUAUAGAGAUGAUGCGUCUUACGAUCAAUCGAAAGAUGGACGCCCGGACCACGUUUGCAAUGUGGCGCAUCAACGCCCCUUACAAGCCCAUCACGCGGAAAGGUCUGGGUCAGCGCAUGGGUGGGGGCAAGGGAGCCAUCGACCACUACGUGACACCGGUUCGUUACGGACGUUUGAUCGUGGAGGUGGGAGGAAAGGUGGAGCUGGGCGAGGUCGAGCACAUCUUGACUGAAGUGGCAAAGAAGCUUCCUUUUCCUGCGAAGGUAAUGAGCAAAGAGAGUCUAGCAGCCCUGCAUAAGAAACAAGCUGACAUGGAGCAGAACAACCAGAAUCCCUGGAGCUUUAAGAAGAUCGCACAGGGCAACAUGCUGGGCAUCAGGAGGGUGCUCAGCCCCUUCGACCUGCACAACCACGGACGCUUCACGGGCAAAUUUCACUUUCCACAGAGGGUGUGACACACCUGAGGGACUGAAAUUUAAUAGUGUUGUAAUGUGAAGAAGAUUUUGGAAUUCUGAAAUGCUCCAUCUUUCAGUUGUAUGUCGGGAUCUUCUGUCAUCUUUUUGGGUUUUUGUGUGUUUUUCCAAUUAUGUUAGCAAAUAUAUCAUGUUCUUAAAGUGG